CACUUCACACUGCCUUGCAUGGUAGUAAUAAAUUAAGAUUAAUAAUUAAGUAUUAAUAAUUUUUUGUGAUCAGUUUUUACAAAAAUGCACUCAGCGUGCAAUGUGCAUGUUAUUGGAAUGCCAACAUGAAAAACCUGCAGUUCAGGUUUAAAAACACCUGAACUCAUUGUAAUGUUCCUCGUUCUGUUUGUUUAAAAAUAUAUUUGUAUUCAAUAAGUAGAAUUUCAUUUUUCAGCCCAAGUUGAUUGCUAAAUUAGUUGCAUAAACCGUGAGUACGUGAUUACACUUUGCAUCCUAAGAGUUACAUCGAAAUGGCCUUCCAAAACUUUCGAUGCCGAUGGCAGUAACCUGGUGAGUGGUGACAUGCCAUCUUGGGGAACUGUAUAUUGGGCAGAAAACCUCAUGAUACUCUUGAUUUCUGGAAGCAAAGUCAGAAUCGAAAGCAAUGGCACUUCCCAUAAAGCCCUCGGAAAUGAACAAGAAGUGCCCUCAGUGCACGGUAUUACGCAAAGAAAAGCGCACGCUUAUCGCUGAUCUGAACAAAGCCAACGAUCAGAUUGCAUCGCUCGAGGAUCUGGUCUUCGAGUUGGACAAACGCCUGGAAGAAGCCAAAGUGGCCGACGAGAGUGCCAGCAGCACGAUGCAGGACGUGAGUUCUGCAAUUCCUCUGGGAAUUGUCGCCAGUGUCCGCUCGCGCUACGCCAAGGCAGACAGCAGUCGUCUGCAGUCGAGUAACACCGGUCAUAUGCAUAGUGCGGCCCAAGAAAAGACGAAGGGCGAGGACAACCCAGCAGAUCUAGAAGAAUCGUUGCCUGAUCUCCCUACCUCAAAGGUCAGCGAGGAGAGGAACUCCAUCAGACAGGAGGCUUCUUUUGGUCAAGAGGAGGAAGGAUCAAGAACGCAUUUGAGAGAGACGAGAAAGUUGCUGUCACUUAAAGAACUCCAGUUAGCGGAAAUGGCUAAGAAGCUGCAGUUCGCACAGGAUGAAAUAGAACGACUGCAUACUUUGCGAGCUUCCAGUGAGAAAUCCCUAGAGCAGCCGUCCAAGACACAGUCAGCUGGCAGUGAUGCUGCUCAAAAAGCAGCAGCGCUUCAAACGGCACUCAUUAAAAUAAAUUUAUUGAGAAGGAAAGUGGCUCAUGAGAAAUACCAAGCUGAACAAGAAAAACUUCUUUUAAAACACGCACUGGAUGUUGCGUCGACGGAAAACCAAAAAGCUCAGAGUGCUCUUAGUCAACUGUCUGUAGAGAAAAACCAUAUGGAGGAAAUGUUUUUCGAAGCGCUGGCUAAACAGAAACACUCACAAGAGCGCGAGAGCCAGCUGGUGGAUGAGCUGCGAGUCGUUCGCACCCAUUCUUUAUUCCCGUACGGAUAUCCAUCGACGGCGGAAUCUGUCGCACGCGAAUCAAUCCCUGGCACCGAUGUCAUAAAAGGUCACACGCUUGCCAUGGCUGGUACAAACCCGGAAGGCGACUCUGUUCGCAAUGCACGGAUAAUGCAGUCAAAAAGUGCGGAAGACAAUCAUAUCCAAAAGCACUUCCUUUUUUCAGCAAUCCGUCGGUUACAAAGGCGAAGGGUUGGACAGGAAACAUCCCAGUCCCAGGCCCAGCGCAACCUCAGAAACGGCAUCGAAAUGUCUUGAAUCGCCGUCUUUAAUGAAAUCCAAACGAGGAACUUUCUGGAAGAGGGGUUUGACAACAAAAAAGUGACCUUUUCUGCCGUUAAAGCAAUGUACCAUUACUAAUGUUCUAGAAAGUCGAUAGCCUUUUGCCCGUUGUACUUAGACAGGUUACUAAUUCCAAAGAAUUAUGUCCGAGUAAAAAAUGUUUCUGCCUAUACGAAGAGUUCUGGCUACGCGGAGAGUUCUGGCUCUUUGAUGCAAGAAUUUUUACUACGUGUAUGAUACACGGUGUAUCAGCGCGUCGACUGUUGUGACACAAUAUGUCAAUCGAAAGUUGUCAUGACGCC